AUGAAUUUGUCAUCGGAAGAGCUGACAGACCUUAGGAACCCUUCAAAGCUGGAUAUGGCUUGUUCAACAAUUAGUUCAUUUGUGGGUAGAAAGCAGAUGAUGCAGAACAAUUCAACACCUCCCACAGAAGGGAAGACUUCACUGACUGUACUGGUGAACACGAGGGCUGUACUCUCCUGCCCUCCUGUCCCACUGACACCUGAGUUUGUAGCAACGUGGAAAAUAAUCUUCAGAGACAACACUUCCUGCACCAAAGCCUACAGGAGAGAUAAAAAUGAGACUUUGGAAGCUAAUUGUACUAAUAAAGGAAUAACCUGGGCCACCAGACCUGACCAGAAUCCUGACCUUCAGAUUAAUCCAGUGGCCAUCACUCACGAUGGAUCUUACAUGUGUGAAAUGGUAACAUCUAAUGGGAAUUUCCAUCAUUGCUAUCACGUCCAAGUGUUAGUGCCCCCCGAGGUGACCGUGUUUCUAACUGAGAAUAGAACUGUGGUGUGCAAGGCAGUUGCAGGGAAGCCGGCUGCACAGAUCUCCUGGAACCCAGAGGGGGACUGUGUCACUGAGCAAGAAAAUCAAGGCAAUGGUGCAGUGUCUGUGCAGAGUACAUGCCACUGGGAGGAUGGCAACAUGUCUACUGUGACCUGCUCUGUCUCCCACUUGGCUAGAAAUGAGAGUCUGAGCAUACAACUACAUCCAGGCCAAUCUGUAAUAGUUCAGCUCUACAUUCAUUAUAACGUGGGAAGUUUUGAAGUCUGA